AUGGCUUCUGGUUCCUCAUCCACACCCUUUUUGGGAAUCAGACAAGAAAAUCAAACUCAGGUUUCACAACAGCACCAAUCCUCCACGGCUGCUUCCUCAUCUACUACUACUACUACUACUUCUACUACUACCACUCCAACCACAAUGCCUCAGAAGAAAAGAAGGAAUCAACCAGGAACACCAUGCAAAUUUUCUUUUUCUCUCCUGACAAACAAUCAUGUCAAGGAAACCCUAAAUCCUGCUAUUACAUAUAGGACUAGGAGUUUCUUUAACUCAGUAAAGGCUGAUUACAAUGAUCCAGAUGCCGAGGUGAUAGCACUGUCUCCGAAGACUCUAAUGGCAACAAACAGGUUUAUAUGCGAAGUGUGCAAUAAAGGGUUUCAAAGGGAGCAAAAUCUACAGCUUCACAGAAGAGGACACAAUCUGCCAUGGAAGCUGAAGCAGAAGAGCAACAAAGAGCCAAAGAGAAAGGUUUAUCUGUGUCCUGAGCCCACAUGUGUUCAUCAUGACCCUUCGAGGGCUCUUGGAGACCUCACUGGCAUUAAGAAACACUACUCUCGCAAACACGGUGAGAAGAAAUGGAAGUGUGACAAAUGCUCCAAAAAAUAUGCUGUUCAAUCAGAUUGGAAGGCUCACUCCAAAACCUGUGGCACCAGAGAGUAUAGAUGUGACUGUGGCACCCUCUUCUCCAGUAGCAGCCAGGCCUUGCAUUGCAUCAUUGCAUGCAACCCAAGGCAGCUAAACACAGCAAAGGUGGGUUCAGAAACCUUUUAUGCCCUUUCCAUGUCAAUGUCCCUAAACGGUAAUGACACAGUACACUCUGCCCCUACUGAAUUUCAGACAACAGUCCCUUCCCCAAUCACUCCUCAGUGGGGCUUGGUGAUUAGUGAAAGUUUGUCUGGGAGUGAGUCAGAAUAUGCGAAAUAA